AUGAUGAUGACGACACCUGUUGCAGAUUGGGAACAUCUUCUUUCUGACGAUUGCCGCGGCGAUCGGUUGCUUGACGAAGUCUGCUACUGCCGCUAUCACCAGAUUCCAAUCCCCAUCCUGGACGAUCUGGUGCGAAAGGCUCUUUACGGUGGUGCCGGAGGCGGCGGUGGAGGCGCAGAUGAGGUCCUCACCUCUUUCUCCGAUGCCAAGGCCGGCAAGGCCAUCGCCAGGGCCUCGGCAGAGAAUUUGAGGGGCAAGUGCACAGAAGACUACUGGGUGGCCUGGCCGGCCUUGCUGCACGGGCUGGGGGCCUUUGAGGCGAUCCCGAAGGUGGCAGAGGCCCUGAAGAAGGGCCCGGGCACUUGGGACCGGAAGCCCCUGAAGAAGGCCAAGGCCAACGAGCUGGAUGGUCUCCUGGCAAAGCUGGCAGAGCGGCCUGAAGCAAGGAGCGAUGCAGUCUGGGCGGCUUUGCGCACCAUGUCCAAGGAGCUCUUGGACGUGACGCCAAAGUCGAUGAGGGAAUCGUUAGCCUCGCGCGUCGCGCUCAAAAGCACCAAGCCGCCCGAUGGGAAGCCGGUCGUGGAGGAGGAGCCUGAGAAAGAGGCGCGACUGGAGUGGCCCCGGUUCUGUGCAUUCCAGGCUCUUGGAGCCAGUUUCAGUCGAAGCGCACAAGCAGAUUUUUGA